AUGUUGGGGUUCGAUCCAGAAGACGUUAGUCUGUACAACGACAGUGCCGGAGACUGUGCUCGUGCCGCAAACGGUGGCUCAGGAGCAAGAUCCGCAAACGUGGGCGAUAACUGCUGGUCUUUCACCUGGUCCCAUAGAUAUUCCAGCUCGCUCAGCAGCUCCCGAGCCUCCACAGACUCGUUGGCAUGGGUUCUCAUCGUCUCUAUCAGGAACGAAAUGUACUGUCUUUUUGCCUCCGUGCGAGAAACGCCCUCUUCCUGUUUCCAGGCGUCCCAUUUGCGUUUUGCGGCCUCGUCUUCCGGUCGCGAGCCAAUGGGUCUGUCCAUGAGCCCGGUCACAUCUCCCUCUGUAGCUUGUUUAUAA